CUUGAAGGCCGGCCGUGUUUAGAUUACAGGACGCUUAAUUGCAACAUCACGACCGAGUGCGCUCCUCUGACCGCAAAUCUGCAUGACAAGACGAGGGGCGGCGGAAUAGAUUGACAAAACGUACCCUCUGCCUGUCCAGGCGGGCAACCGCACCUGUUCCCGGGCGCAUCCCAAGGUCGAGCGGCAAUCACAAUCAUUCGCGGUACAAAGAAGGCCAAGUGGAGCGGGUUGAGUUGACCUGCAUCACUUGCCUUAUCCGACCAGGCGCCCGCUUGCCUAGCGUGGCGUUGCAUAUGCCGACACGUACUCACUACCUCACCUAGCCGUGAUGUUCGUCGCUUCGACCUUGUACAACUAUGCGACGAGGCCCGGUACUGCCCCCGGUGGCGAUGCAGCAACCACAACCUUUUCGGCUUCGGCUGGCACACUGGACCCCAAACACGCACGCGUCAAGCGCAACCCCAAGAAGCGGCUCUCGAGCGCCAAUGGCGCGGCAUCGCCUUCGCCUACAUAUGGCUCCGGUAUGCUGGAGUCCGAGCAACCGUCCUCUCUGUUGGCCUCAUACGCCUCCGUCGCCGCGAAUGGCUGCGCAGCCGGAGGAGCAAACGAGACGUCGGCGGAAGCGGAGGUCAGGCGCAAGAGAGAAGCAGCAAAGCAGGUAAAGGUCGCCGUUAUCGACGAGAUCCUCAGACAGGAUGAUCUGUACAAACUGCUCGAUGUACCACGGAAAGCCAAGACGGAUGAGAUCCGCCGAGGGUUUUUGCGCCGAAGCAGGCUUUGCCAUCCAGACAAAUUUCCGGACUACCCUGCAUCAACCAUGGCCUUUCAGAAAAUCAGCUUUGCCUACGAGACCCUGUCCAAGCCUUCCUCUCGGCGCAUCUACGAUGUGUCUGGUCGCACCGACUUUGCAGCAUCGAUGAACCACGCCGCUGCCGCCGAUGGCGCUGGGACCAGCGGCACGGCUGCCACAGGCGUCGGCGUUCACGACGAAGCACUCAACGGCGUGCUGUACAGCGUCUUUUGCGAGUUCAUGGAGGGAGACUUUGAGAUGGUCCGCGUCUUGGUCAACGCGCUCAAUGAAGGGAAUCCUGGAUUGGAACUCGGGGACGAUGCUGUGGAGAACUUGGAAGGCGCGUUCCGUCGGUUGCAAUCGGCUGUCCUAACCGGGAGAAAGUAUUUGUCCAUCAUUCGUUUCGAGUUGAUCAGGCUUUACGAGAUCCAGCACUCCCUUCGACAGCUCUCCUAUUUUGACAUAUUCGGUCGUCUGCGCCUCACGCUCCAGCUUGCACGUGUCACACUCAGCAUUCCCAUGGCCAUUGACCAGGCGAUGCUCGCACCCGGCGAGAGUACGCAGCAGGCAGGUGCAGCUACUGCGGACUCCGCAGCUGGUGCUCCAAUGUCAGCAGCAGGACCAGAGAUGCAAGCUGAUUGUGCAAAUACAAGUGCCGUGCAGUCGAGCGAGAGCGAAACGUACAGCGAGAGUGAGAGUGAGAGUGAGAGCGAGAGCGAAUCGGGGGACAUGUCGCACGAUGAGGCGAGCUACGUCAGCGCCAGCGACGACUCAGCGGCUACAGGUAACAAGUCGAGCCAUUCCAAGAGGACUUUGACCGAUUACACAAACGGCAGCGGACACCAGGCUCAACGUGUCCAGCAAUCAGACCGCCUCCGGCGCCGCCAUGGUCAUCGUCACGCACGCAGUACCCACCGACGCCGCUCACGUGCAUGCUGCAACGCAAUGCAUCAGCCGACCGACUUUGGCAUGGCGCCCGAAGACGCGAACGGCAGCAGCGACGAGGAUGGGCAUGGCGGUGCUGUCGUUCGGGACGCGCAGGCUGCGCGUGAAGCGAGAGCGGCUGCAAAAGAAGCGCAGCGAGCACGCAGAGCGAUGCGCCGCGCCGAACGCCGCGCGCGGCAGCGACGCGGGCACUUGGAGGCGAGUGAGAAUGGCAGUGCUGAUGUGAGCGGGGCGCACAGUUCCAGAGCAAGCGUGGAUCCAAAAGGUGCUGCAGUCAAUCCGGCGGGAAACAGGACAGGCCUCUUGGGGUCUACUGGCCGCGGACUUCUUAAGGGCGUCGUCACGUUGCUUGAGACUUCCGAGGGUUGGGUGCCAGGUGGCAGGCAAAAUGCUGAGCAGGGUUGAGCGCUCGCUCACGUCACUCAGUCCUUGGCACAGCGGUUCGGAGUAGCCUUGUCACUUUCAUUCGGAGCAGUACAGCACUUUCAUAUCCUUUUUCUAGAACAAGGUUGGGCGGACCGGCGGACUCUUUUCAUCAACUUAAGGGCAUAGCAAGACACGACACAUCCAUCAGCAUUCACUUUGUACUCUUUGUUCACCUGUUUUAGAUACCCGGGCAUUCUAGAUCAC